AUGGGGAGGGGGAAGGUGCAGCUGAAGCGAAUCGAGGACAAGAUCAGCCGGCAAGUGACGUUCUCGAAGCGGAAGGGCGGGCUGAUGAAGAAGGCUAACGAGCUCGCCGUGCUCUGCGAGGUGGAGGUGGCGCUCCUGAUCUUCUCCGACCGAGGCAGGCUCUACGAGUUCUGUAGUGCAGAGAGGUCAAAGGACGCCUCUGUUGCGGUUAAUGUGGAGCUCCUAGGCGGUUCUAUUCAAUGGAACAUGAGCUUUACUAGAGAGGCGCAUGAUUGGGAAGUGGGUGUUUUUGCGUCUUUUGUACAAGUCUUGCAUUCAGUUAUAGUGAGAAGAGGUAGUGAAGAUAAACUUUGUUGUACUAUUUGCUCAGGAAAGAAAAAUAUAUUAAUUGAUGCACUGGUAUUACCUGAGUUGAUUGUCUCAGCACGUAAAUAUAAGUUGUUGUUGUUGUUACUUUGUCUAGAAGAAAUUAUUGGGCGUUACAGGACGCAUGUAGAUGAAGAAGCUGCUGUCUGCAGGAGAGCUGAACUAGAAAAGCAAAAUCUUCCCGAGUCUACUGUUGAUCAGACAAGUGCUAACCCACUGCAAAUGAUUCAAAGGCACCUUGACGCGCAAAACAUUGAUCAGAAAAACAUAACGGAGCUCACAGAACUAGAGAUAGAACUGGAUGCCAUAUUAAGACAAACCAGAUGCAGAAAGGUGUCUCCUCUUAUAUACUAUCAGUGUACUUAG